AUGGCGAUGGAUGUUUUAUUCUCAUGUGAGCUUCUUAUUUUUCAACAAUAUAAGAAGCCAUCAUGGUGCCCAGAUGGAUUUUCAUCUCAAAACAAGCAUGAAUCAAAAAAUAUUGAUAACUGGAAUCAAUUUGUUAAAAAACAUCAUAAAAUCCAUAUAUCAACGGGAUCAUUGCACAAGAAGGUUGGAGUUUUUAUUUUUGAUAUAAAUCAAAAACCUGUUGAGGCCCUUAUUCUUGACCAAGCAUCAGAUUUCAAAGAACUCUGUAAAAUAAAAUCAAAGGCACCCAGCCUAUCUUUUAAAUACAUAUUUAAUAACUGGUUGAGAUCGUUCCAAAUUACAUUCGCAAAUACUUCUGAUUUUGAAAAAUGUGUUAAAGUGUUGGAAAAUUUAGGUUUAGCAAUUCCAGAGGGUAAAGCAUCUAAUCAGUCAAUAAACUAUUUAAAUUCCAAGAACACUAAGCUUAAUAUUGUAGUUGAAAAAGAAGUAAGUUUGGAAGAAAGUUAUAAAGAGAAUGUAUCAUAUGAUAAAAGCUUAGAAAUCUUAAAUGCAAAUUGUGCUUCAUCUUCAUUUUCAGUUCCUUUACCAUUGCCGCAUAAUAAUAAUAAUUAUAGUAAUAAUAGUAAUGUGCUUGUUACAGAUAAAUACGCAUCUACUUUAAAUGUUCAGUCUGGAAGAUUAAAUACAAAUAGGUGCCAAGAGAUGAUUGAUGUUUCUGUUCAAACAAUUGAGCUAGAAAAAAAUAAGGAAGUUAAUUACAAGAUCAGUAAAAGGGUAAUAAAACAAAAACUAAAAGAUAAAGAAUUUAUGCAAUGGGUGGACAAAAUAGAAAAAGUCCUAAAAGAUAUGUCGAGAGACAGAAAGUAA